AAGGCAGCAUGAGGUGGUGAGAGCUGUGAUUUUGCAUUCACUUACUAUAAAACGUUUUAUUCUUUUCCAACAAUCAUUUCAUUCUAUUCGUCCCCAAUGUUGAUAAUCAAUUGUUUCAUCUUUUGCUGUGCACUCAUCGGAAAAUAUUUAGCUAACUUGCGAACGUUGGACUAUUGGACCAUCUUCCUCCACCCCCUCCGCCCCUGCACCCUGGCUCACUAAACGCACCCCGCAAGGAGAUAUCAAUAGACGAAUAUGAUAAUGGUGCGAGAAUCUUUCCAUGAUGUGUCGGUUCUGUUCUGCGCCCAGCGGUUUCCUUUUCCGCGUCCGCCGCCGCACGUUCGAGCAUCGGUCGAUCGGUCGGCCACAAAACGCACACUCACACACAGCCACAGAGAGCGGGUGGCGGCAAAAUCGACCACCGGUGUGGUGGGGCGUAUAAAAUCGUACCUCGACGCUGUUAGGCGCUUCAGUUGUGUGUUAGAAUCUGCCUCGCUCUAACGCUGCCCUCCGCACCCGCGAUUAGUGUGAAUCUGUCGAUCGAUUCAGUGUGAUUCCGACGGGAAAAAAGUGAAACAAUCACCAUGGCAAAGCUAGUGUUGAUCGUCCUGGCCCUGUGUGCCGUUCAGGGAAGCUUCGCGAUGGUUCGUCGUGAUGCCCCGGCAGCGCCGGCCGAGGAGCCCAACUUCUUCCAGUCGAUCAUGAGCAUCAAGGACAAGAUCGAGGGCGUGUUCCAGGAGACGCAACAGAACGUGCUCAAGUCGCUCGGCUUCCAGUCGAACGAGGAGGUGGUGCAGACGAUCCAGACCAACACCAACCAGUACGUCGAGCGGCUCCGGUCGGUGCAGGGCGUGAUCGAGGAGGAGGUGAAGAAGAACUCGGACAUCUUCGAGCCGAUCCUGAAGGACCUGAACACCAAGCUGGCCCAGACGACGGCCACCCUGUCCGAGCAGAACCCGGAGGUGGUGCAGAAGGCGAAGGAGUACCAGGCCCAGGUCCAGAGCAACGUGCAGGCCCUGGUGGCCGAGGCCCAGAAGACGGUCGAGAAGCUGAAGGAGGACACGCGCGUGCCGACCGAGAACAUCCAGGACGCGCUCAAGAAGCUGUACGACUACACGUUCGAGACGUUGACCAAGACGGCCAACGAGCUGAAGCCAAAGAACUAAGGGCCGCCACUCACUCGCUGACCCCGAUGGGGGGUUUGGGCGGACGCGGCGAAAGGUACAAAUUUGUUAAAAUAAAAAUACGUUAAAAAAAACAAUAAUACAAA